AUGCUGAUGAGUGCGAUUCGGGCUGUGCGCGAGAAAUACGGGGAUUUGCCGCUCUUUGUGACGAUGGACUCCAAUUCGAAACCGCAUUCCAAGGUGUACAAUUAUUUCCGAUUCCUAAACCCGUACAUUCAGCUACGAAGCGCAUACGAUGACUAUUACUGUCAUGAUGAGCCGUUGUUCACGAACUACACUUAUAAAUUCAUCGGCUGCAUCGACUAUAUUUUCUAUGACCCUGCACAUGUAGAACUGCGGAGUGUGCUCGACUUGCCUAAGAACCAGCAAAUGAGAGGCGUGAAGGCCCUCCCUAACGAUUCCUGUCCAUCGGAUCACGUUCCACUCCUCAUGGUUGCUGAUUUGCUGGAGGAGCAAAGAGUGUGUGAAAGAGUGUCUCCAACUCCCAAGAGUUGCCGUCCUACGCUAACUCAACCCUAUUUUCAGAGAUUAUCGUCUUUGAGUAUGGGAACCUCUCAUGACAAGAAGAAAGGUCACUGCUGCCUUAUGACAACGAAUAUUAUACUUCUUGUACUUUCCUUGGUCAUCAUUACAUUUGUGUUAAUUGCCCUACAGAAGCAGAGCCUCCCUGAGUUGCGAUUUGUUUAUAUCGUUAGUUUUUUGUUCGCUCUGUUUCUUUCGAUCAUGGCCAUUCUUGGCUUUGGAGCUCUUUGCAAGGGAUGCUGGGUCUACUUUUAUUUCGUGUUGUGCAAUUUCAACUCUCUCUUAAAUACGAAUUAUAUUAUCGAUAAGUUUGGUAGAAUGAUUAACUCAACGUUUGUGCAACCUCACUGGGACGACAUCCAAGAGGUAAUAGGGUGCUGUGGAUGGAACGGUACCAUGCAACUGAAUCCGACCUGCCAGGAACCUGAUUGUACAGUUGUUAUUCCUGCCGAUAAGCAAAUCUCUCUAAUCAUCUGGGAGGUUGUUUCUUUGCUAAUGGCAAUUCUUUUUCUCUCCCUUUCGUGUUGUACCGCUGUGAGAAUGUCUCGCUUUCAUUACUAUUAUUAA